AUGUACUUUUCAAACAUACAAGAAAUUUUUAUUCGUGUCUACACCAAACGUAUGCAACCAUACGUACCAAGUAUCCUUAGAAUAACAGAAGAUAUUUUAGAUCACUUAGUACAAGAUGAUGGAGAGCCACAGAUACACCUUCUAGCAAAAACGUACUUCUCAAAGCUACAGGAAUUAACAAUGGCAUAUAAAAGGUACUGCUCAGGAAUCAAGAAGGCGGAUUGUAUCCUCGCUAACAAGACCAAAAAUUGCAAUUCUGAUUUUUGUAGGUUUAUUCAAGUACCGCAAGUACCCAGAAGGAGGCCGGAUAUAACUACUUUUAUUCAUAAACCCCUAGAACAUUACAGAGAAAUUUUAAAACUGCUUAUUACGAUACAAAGUUGCACCAAACCUAAUCAUGAUGACCUUCCUGUGAUAAACCAAGUAGUACAUGAUUUACAGUUAACUUAUAGAGAAAUUACUUCCGAGUCUGGACUGAUGGAACCUUUAGGCGAGGGUAGACCUUUGUUAACAGUACAAGAUUUAGAAAAUAGACUAGUUUUUACUAAAUGCAAACCCUUCGUAUUAAAUAAACCAGGUCGGCAAUGGAUUUUCGGCGGAGACCUAGCCAGAGUGGAAGGACGAAACGUUCGUCAGUAUUGGACUCUGUUGUUUAGUGAUCUUUUGUUAUUUGCUAAAGCAUCGAGGGAUCGUGUUUUAUUUGUUAUAGAAGAUCCUUUACCCUUAUCUCAUAUUUCGGAUAUGUUUUUUAACGUUAGGAAAAAAGAGAAAACACAAGACAUUCCUGGUACCGUUAUACCCUCCUGCAAUCCUGAACGUCUCCCUGUUCAACCUCAAAUGUCUUUAGAUAAAACUCCCGACACACCUAGUGCGAAUAUAUCGUUUCAUUCCUCCUCUGAGUUAUCGCAAGCUUUCACGUCUCACUUUACAUCGGAAGCUAGUCUGCUACCUAGGCAUACUCUUCCGGAAGAUGCCCUGACUCCGUCUGCUAUUCUUACCCCCAGUACGGAGGCUUGCAUCGACGAUCAGAGCGAUGAAACUGAUGAAUUUCGUCUCGGGGAUGAACCUUGGGACGCAAGUCAGUUUAAUUAUGAUAUGAGCUGUUUAAAUAUCGACGGUUUAUCUCAAAAAAGCUAA